AUGGAUCCUCACAACCAGAACUCGUCUCAGGCGCAGCAAAACCGCCCCGCGCCCGUAUAUGACACCAGUCACGGUGGUCACUAUGGCGCCAGCGCAGCUCUAUCUGCUCAGGGUUUUGCGCCUUCUGAACUGUACACCGGUCCGUGGGCAAACGUCCACCAAGGUCUUAAUGGGCAAUACAAGGACAUCCUCACCACAUACUGGCAACAGACCAUCAACCACCUCGAAGGCGAUACCCAUGACUACAAGCUGCACCAGCUUCCCCUCGCCCGGAUAAAGAAGGUCAUGAAGGCCGACCCCGAAGUCAAGAUGAUCUCCGCCGAGGCACCCAUCCUCUUCGCCAAGGGAUGCGACAUCUUCAUCACCGAGCUCACCAUGCGCGCCUGGAUCCACGCUGAAGAGAACAAGCGACGCACCCUCCAGAGGUCUGAUAUCGCAUCGGCACUGGCCAAGUCCGACAUGUUCGACUUCCUCAUCGACAUUGUCCCUCGCGAGGAAGCCUCCUCGCAUGCUAAGCGCACCGGCAACCAGGCUAAUGCCGGCGCUCAGGGUGUCCCCGCCGCGGGCCAGCCUCCGAUGGCCGGCCAACACGUGCCCGGCGCUAACCACGCCCAACACCCCAUGGCGGCCGACUACUCCAUGGGCGCUCACGCCCUCGGCGGCGAGGCUGACUACCGGCAGACGCCUAACAUGUAUCCUGUCCAAGCCCAGGCCGCCCCCGGCGGCUACGGACAAGCGCAGCCGCAGAUGUACGACCAGAUGGACCCCAGCAUGUACGGUAACUACGCCAUGCAACCGCCACAGGUAAGUACCCCAGCCCCGUGA